AUGACUCAUCCAUCAGGAAACGAAAUCGGAGAAACUACAAGCAUUGUUCACAACAGCAGUUUCGUAUCUUUCAUAAACUCAAAAUUCUCCUCAGUUAAGAAUUUUUUUAAUGUUGUUUACAAUUAUUUAAAGACUUCAUUUACCAUAUCCAACGUGAAUCUUUAUCCAACAUUACGAGCCAUAGCAACUCAGUUUGGACUCUACCUGUCGGCUUAUUUGGUUUUUUGUUACAUUCUGUAUUUGAUUCGUGUGUCGUUUCGUAACCGUUUGAUGGAGUCAAAAUAUUUUGUUUCUUCGGCAAAAAGAAUAUUGUUGAUCAUAGCCCACCCUGAUGAAGAAUGUAGGUUUUUUGGACCAUUCAUUUUGAGGAUGGUAGAGAAGAACAAGUGUCCUUAUUUGUUGUGUCUAAGCAAUAGUGGUGUAGACGGUAAGAGACAGGUGCGUAAACGAGAACUUUGGAUGAGUUGUGAAGUGCUGGGAAUAAAACCGGAAAAUGUUUUCUUGUGCUGCAGCUCCCUGAGGGAGGAAAGAGGAAAGUGGAGAACUGAGAGUGUUGCUUCGUUGAUACGGGAUUACGUCGAAGCUCUCGGAAUCGAUACAGUGGUCACAUUUGACAAAUUUGGAAUCGAUAGACAUGAGAACCAUAUCACUGUAUUAAGAGCUAUCAGUUCUCUCAAUAUCAGAAAGCUAUUGCCAAUGACAUGUAGUAUAUUUUUGUUAGACAGCUUGGGGAUUAUGAGAAAAUACUCAAGUAUGAUUGAUGUAAUUUGGAGCCUGUACUUAUCUAAAGAUGAGAAUAUCUUCAUUUUGUCAUCUUAUGAACACGAACAGGUGCAAGAUGCUAUGAGGAUGCAUAAAACCCAGCUACAUUGGCAUAGGAGGUUAUACAUGAAGUUUUCUCGUUAUACUUAUGUCAAUACAUUUCAUGAACUGCAUCGUUAUACAUUACCCUUUUAGCAAUAUAAAGUGCUUUAUUUUUGGAUUAAAAUACUGUAUACACUUAUUUUUUUCAAGUCUUUGUGAGUUUCCUCCCCAUUUCU